UUCUGCCUGAAAGCCUCAAAGGACCCAUUGCUUCCUGCUUUGAACUGAACAAGACCACAUUUCCUCACUGGACAAUACCUUCAUGCGUUAAUUUCAGAUUGGUGGUGGCAGGUGAUCGGGCAGCCUGUCUGUCUGUCUGUCUGUCCGUGGAUGUUCAGCGGAUGUUCUUGUGCAGGCACCUUCGCACCGCGGUGAGGCUGGACGGAUAAACUCACCAUGGCGCUGGAACCGGAGGGGAACAACCGGCUCCUGCAAGACGUGCUGGCGAGACCGGGCAACGAAACGUGUGCGGACUGCGGCAAUCCAGAGCCGGACUGGGCGUCGCUGACUUUGGGUGUGUUUGUUUGCCAGGCCUGCUCGCUGCUUCACCGGAGCAUCCCCCACAUCAGCCGGGUAAAGUCUGUCCAGGACACGUGGGAUGCCAGCGAGGUGGAGUUAAUGGCUGCUAUGGGAAACAAUGCAGCCAAGGCCAAAUAUGAGCAGAAGGUUCCUGCUUUCUACUACAGACCCACACACACUGACUGCAAGCUGCUGAGGGAGCAGUGGAUCAGAGCCAAGUACGAAAGGAAUGAGUUUGAGUUUAUCGAGAAACAGGAGCCUUAUUCUGCAGGGUACCGAGAGGGGUUUCUAUGGAAACGAGGAAGAGACAACGGUCAGUUUCUCAGCCGAAAGUUCAUCCUGUCGGAGAGGGAGGGAGCGCUAAAAUACUUCAACAAGCAGGAUGUAAGUGAAGUGACACAGCUGAUUUUAAAGUGUGUUUACGGUGGCAGAAUUUCACUUUGGCAAAAGCCUCUUGCAUUCUACUAUUUGUUGUUUACGUCUGCCUCCAUCAAGGCCAGGGAUCCCAAGGCGGUGAUGAAAAUUGAGACCCUCAAUGCCACCUUCCAGCCUGCCAAGAUCGGCAACCCCUGCGGCCUGCAGAUCACCUACCUGAAAGACAACAGCACAAGGAACAUCUUUGUCUACCACAGCGAUGCUAAGGAGAUGGUCGACUGGUUCAAUGCUAUCAGGGCAGCCAGGUUCCACUACCUACAGGUGGCUUUUCCUGGAGCAAGUGAUGAGGAGCUGGUGCCCAAACUGACCAGAAACUUCAUGAAGGAAGGCUUUAUGGAGAAAACAGGCCCAAAGCACACAGAGGGCUUUAAGAAGAGGUGGUUUACUAUGGAUGACAGGAGACUCAUGUAUUUUAAAGACCCUCUGGAUGCCUACGCCCGUGGCGAGGUGUUCAUCGGCAGUAAGGAGAACAGCUACACUGUCUUGGCCGGCCUGCCCCCGUCCACCCAGGGCUACCACUGGAACCACGGCAUCACCAUCGUCACGCCGGACAGGAAGUUCCUGUUUGCCUGCGAGACAGAGGCCGAACAACGGGAUUGGAUAGCAGCCUUCCAGAGGGUCAUCAAUCGACCAAUGAGGCCGCAGGAAUAUGCAGUGGAGGCCCAUUUCAAACACAAGCCUUGAAGCCUGCAGGAAGCCACAGCCUCCAAAACACUCCAAAAGCCAGUCUCAGUCAGAUCAGAGACAACCCCUGCGUGUGAUCAGAGACCAUGGCGGGACGAGGU